AUGGAGAGUGAUGGCGACAGCGCUACUGAUCGAGAAGAUAGCUUAACACGAGUACCGGCUAAGAGAAAGCGUUAUAAGCAGAAGUUUCGGGAAGAAUGGUUGCUGAAUAAAGAAUAUAGUGACUGGCUAAGAAAGGAUAAUAGGGACUUAUCGAAGGCGGUCUGCAAUGUUUGCAAUACAUCUUUCAGUGCCGAAAUAAGUGUAAUAAAACGCCACAAAGAAGGAACUAAACACGUGAAUAAUUUAAAGAGGUGUAGUGCUUCAACGUCCAAAAAACAACAGUCUAUAGUAAGCGUUUUUAAAUCCAUGCCAACUAAUGAAAAGCAAUUGGUAAAGACUUCAGAAAUAAAAUUAGCUGCUUUUGUUGCUGAGCAUAAGGUAUCUCAUAAUGUCAUGAAUCACUUAGCAGAUUUGUUACCAAAGUUGUUCCCAGAUUCUCAGAUAGCCAAAGAUAUUAGAUUAAAAAGAACUAAAGUUCAAGCUGUGAUAAAUAACUGUAUUGGGGAAACUGAAAAAGAAAACUUGAUCAGUGACUUGAAAUCACAAAUGUUUUCAAUUUUGAUAGACGAAAGCACAGAUAUUGCUGUAGUAAAAACAGUAGCUGUAGUGGUCAGGUAUUUUGAUCCAAUGAUUGGUAAAGUUAUCACUCGGUUUUGGAAUUUGAUUCAAUUAUUUGAUGAGAAAACCACCGAUCAUGUUGCAAAUGCCGAAAAACUUUUUAAUACUGUUAUAGGUUCAUUUCAAAAGUAUGAGAUUCCUACGGAAAACAUCAUAGGUUUCGGCUCUGAUGGAUGCAACACAAUGAUGGGAUGUAACAAUUCAGUUUCAAGUCGAUUUCGUCAACGUUGUCCAGGCAUAAUUGUGAUCAAAUGCAUUUGCCAUUCUCUGCAUCUUUGCGCUAGUGACGCAUGUAAAGAGCUUCCACUAAAUUGUGAAAAAAUGGCGCGAAAUAUUUAUAAUUAUUUUAAAUCCAGUAGUAAAAGGCAGAGUGAGUUGAAAGAGUUCCAGUAUUUUGCUGAGGCGGAUGUGCACAAAAUUCUAAGACCAGCCCAGACUAGAUGGUUGUCUUUAAAUGCAGUAGUGCAAAGGAUUCUGGAACAAUGGGAUGUAUUACGUCUUUAUUUCAAUAGCAAAUGGCUGGAAGAAUCGGAGUGCCACGAUAUUCAUGCAUGCCUGAAUGAUCCCAUAAUCAAGGCUUAUUACUAUUUUUUGGCUUGGAUGUUGCCAAAAUUUACAACAUUAAAUAGCUGUUUUCAGAGCGAAUCUAUUUUAAUUACGAAACUACAUGGGAAAAUGACAGCUUUUUAUAAAGAACUGUUACUAUUGGUUUUACACAGAAAUUAUGUAAAUUCCGCUCCUAUUGAAACUAUAGAUCCAAUGACAGAAAUAAAUCACAAGGACCUAAAAGACAUAUAUCUAGGUUUAGGUGUCCAGAAAGAACUAGAUUCUGUUGAAAAUGAAGAAAGAAAGUUAACUCUCAGAAAGAUGUGUAAAAAUUUUAUUAUUAGAGCUUGUGUGGGCCUUCGUAAACGAUACUGUUUUAAUGACAAAAUUAUGACAGAAAUAGCAAAAUUUGAUCUAGAGAAAGUAAUUUCUGAUGACAGGGAAGAGUCAGUUUCGUCGUAA